AUGAGUGGGCACUAUAUCUGGAGCUGGUAUCACUCCUCUCUGAUCGGAUGUCCGCUCGACUACGCCUUCGUCCUAAUGAUGGAGGUGCCUGAGUUGUGGAUAGGCGUUGUUCCUGGUGAGGGAGAUAUUCAACAGCAUAAUCACCCAGAUGGGGCGGAAAACAGAGUCGUUUCAGCGGGCCAUAGGAGGGGGCUACAGCUGUCGGACCUGUGUUGCCUUGGCGAUGAGGACUCAGCCCAGAGUUUAUGCUCAGCCCUCCAGCAGCAGCAGCAGCACCGGACGACAGAGGGACGGAGUCAUAGCCAAGAGUCAGGAGAGGAGGAGUCACUGGGUGGAAACACCUCCCACCCAGGUGUUCACCUGUCUGGCCCCGCCCUGCUGUGUCAUCUGUAUGGGUGGCUCCGCCCCUCACUGCUCCAGGUAACCCUGCUGAGGAUGACCUCUGACCUACUGGCCCUCCUGCCCCCUCAGGCCCUCAGGUGUGGUAUUCUCUACUGUGAGAACCAGCCUGUCUUUGAUUGGUCUGGACUUACCCAUGCCCUGGCACUAUUGGCUGCUGUAGUGUGCCACGCCCUGGUCCAGCAGGUGUGUGAGCGUCACAGCAGGAUGACUGAGGUCAGAGUUCAGACAGCGCUGACUGGAGCCUUGUAUAAACAGGCCCUGUCCCGGUGCAGUAUUCCUGGGUGUCUACCCUCCCCUGCCCCAUCGUUAACCCCACUCCGGGCUGACAUUGGAAGGUUAUCAGAGCUCCCAGUCUCCCUGUCUGCCCUGUGGUCUUCCUGGGUGCAGGGGACAGUGUGUGUGUGUCUGCUGUGGAGAGAGCUGGGUCCCUCUUCUCUGGCGGGACUGGCUGUAUUGUUACUGCUGGUACCGCUCACCUCUGCUGUACAACGCAGGGCAAGACUAUUACAGAGAAGCCAGGAGAGCGUGAGGGGAGAACGACAGCAACUCGUGCAGGAGAUGCUGAACGGAAUCAAAGUCUUGAAGUUGUUGGUCUUGGAGGCGUGGUUCCAGUGCAGAGUGGGCAUUGCCAGAGAGAAGGAGCUGGAGACGCUGAGGAUUCUGGGAUUCCUGACGGCCUUCUCCCUAUUGGACCGCGUCUGCGUGCCUUUCCUGGUGUGUGUGUCCAGUUUGGGUGUGUAUGUGCUGGUGGAUGAUGGUAACGUUCUGACAGCAUCUCAGGUGUUCACCUGUGUUUGUCUGUUCACACUGCUACGCUCACCUUUUAACCUACUGCCCUCCCUGGCACUGCACCUCACACAGGUGUGUGUUUGUGUGGUGGGUGUGUGUCAGACCGGUCUGUUAGCCGUGUGGACCAGACAGGCUAAAGAACUACAGGGGCUGGAGGAGUGGAGAGAACUACGAGACUCACGACUAUCUGUCUACGCUGUACUGGGGCUGCUGCAAGCUCUGUCCGUGUGCUGUGUAGCAUUAGCAGUAACUGGUGGUUCUCUGAAGGCGUCUGCCAGUCUCCACUCUGAGCUGCUCUUUGCUCGGCUCCGCCUUCCUCUCAGAUUCUACCAGAUCACGCCCUCUUCUCUGGUCCUGCGCAGCCUAUCACAGGAGAUGUACGUGAUUGACGAGCUAGUCCCCGCCAACCUCCUCUCCUGGCUCUCCUGUUGGCUGCAGGUGUUUGUGACAGUGCUGCUGAUUGGCUACAUCUCCCCUCUCUUCAUCCUGAUAGUUCCGGUGCUGACUUACCUCUUCCUCACAAUACAGUCACACAGGGAUGAGGUCACCAGUGGUAGUCAUGAAGACCCCUUGACCCGUUGCUAUGGUGCCCUCAACGAGAACCUGGUGUGUCGCUACAACUGCAUUUUAUUGGACAGGUGGGUGUCAGUGUGGUUGGAUGCCUUUGCAGGACUGGUUCUGUUCCUGGUCUCUGUGACUCUACUGGACUCUGAGGUAGACCCCAGUACUGUAGGACUGGUCCUGACUUACACCCUCAGCCUGAGAGAGGUUCUUCAUCUCCUGGUCCAAGCAAGCUGUGGCGUAGAGAGCAGUGCUGGUGCCAUCCAGAAGAUGGACCAACAUGCACACAUGGAGAGAGAGCCCCCCUGGUCUGUGCCCUGUAGAGCACCCCCGAGCUGGCCAAAGGAGGGAGUGGUGGAGUUCAGGAGCUAUGAGACGGAGCUUAACCCAUCACCCGCUGAACUGUCUUUCUGCACCCGGACCAGAGAGAAGGUUAGUGUGGUGAGCAGAUCAGGAGCAGAGCUGGACGCUAUAACCAGUUCUCUCUUCCGAUUGGUGGAGGGCAGAAGGGGCGUGUUGAUGAUUGACGGGGUGGACAUCUCUAGUGUGGGACUCCACGACCUUCGCAGUCGGUUGGCGGUCAUAACUCGGGUUCCAACCCUGUUCUCCUGUUCACUGCGCUCCAACCUGGACCCCUGGGGUUGCCAUGGGGAUGCCCAAGUGUGGCAGGCACUGGAGAGGUGUCACCUGAAGGAAAGGGUCAGCUUGCUGCCAGGACAGCUCCUCUACCCACUACACCACGGAGGGGCCGGGCUCAGCUCCAGUGAGAGGAGGCUGCUGUGUGUGUGUCGUGCCCUGUUGAAGGGUUGUGUUGUCCUGGUAGUGGAGGACCCUGUUCCCCCUGUAGACGUCCACACUGAGAGGCUGCUCCAGAGCAUCAUACACACACACUUCUCCCACUGCACCGGGCUGUAUCUAACACAGAACCCUGGGAACGUCACACACACUGACAGGGUGUUGGUGUUAGGGGGGCGUGUGGCUGAGUUUGACUGUGCCUCUGCUCUCCUCCAGAGGGGGGCACUGUUCUCCCAGCUGCUCUCUGAGACACAUAGAAACCAAGACACAGAAGAAGAGUGA